UGUUUCCUCUCCUCUCACAGGCGCAGAUCCCCUCUCUCCAUCCAUCCAUCCAUCCGCGCCCCCGAGGACCAACCGCGCUCCUCGGCACCCCGCCCGGCAGCGCGCGGUGUGUGUGUGCUUGUGUGUCAUGAGGGACCGCAGGGAGGGGGAGCUCGUGUGUGUGUGUGUGUGCAGUUUGUUGAGUGUGUCGGGGCGGACAGGAGAGAGCAGAGAGAGAAGCGGAGCAGCAGCGAGGACAGUUUUCUCUCCGGUCUUUCACUCUCAGCAGAUACUAUGCGCAUCGCAUCGAGUGCGGGCCGGCACUAGAACCCAAGGGCAGCUGAACCGCCUCAACCCAUCAGUCUGGUUUGGCCUGCCAGUGAGUAGGAGCUCUAUGUGGAUCAAGAGUUAAAGGAAAAGCACCUGAGACUAGUGGUGAGCUACACCACCCUCAGCUCUACCCAGCGCCUCCCCCUCCCACCUCCCUCUUCCUCAGCCUAAUCCCAUCAUCCUCUGCCUCACCUUUUCCUCCCACUUCUCGUGGGAAAUCAAACGCCGCCAUGUCUCUCUUGGCCUCUUCCACCCCCUUCCUCCUCCUCCUCUUCCUCCUCCCACUGCCUCCCUGCCAGCCGGAGUCCCAGCGCAGCGACCCCAGCCUCCCCCCUGGCCUGGAGGGGGUCUCCUCCUCCAUGUUCCCCUCCUCCUCCUUCUCUCCUUCCAUGUCUUCCACUAACAGCAGCGUGGUUAUCGGGAAAUGUGAGGACGUGCCAGUGUGUAGGCCCGGCAUCCUGCUGCCCGUCUGGAAGCCCAACCGGCCCGGCCUCGGCGACCAGGUGGCCCGAGCGGUGGUCUACUUUGUGUCCCUUAUGUACAUGUUCCUGGGAGUGUCCAUCAUUGCAGACCGCUUCAUGGCGUCCAUUGAGGUCAUCACGUCACAGGAGAAGGAGGUGACCAUCACUAUGCCGAACGGGGAAACAUCAGUUGCGACGGUUCGCAUCUGGAACGAAACUGUGUCCAAUCUGACGCUCAUGGCUCUCGGAUCCAGUGCUCCAGAGAUACUUCUGUCUGUUAUAGAGGUGUGCGGUCACCAGUUCAAUGCCGGUGAGCUCGGGCCGGGAACCAUCGUCGGCAGCGCCGCCUUCAACAUGUUUGUGAUCAUCGGGAUCUGCGUGUGGACGAUCCCCAACGGCGAGUCCCGCAAGAUCAAACACCUCCGGGUGUUCUUCAUCACCGCCUUCUGGAGCAUCUUCGCCUACAUCUGGCUCUACCUCAUCCUGUCUGUCAUGUCGCCAGGCGUCGUGGAGGUGUGGGAGGCCCUGGUGACCCUGCUGUACUUCCCUGUGUGUGUCAUCCUGGCUUGGAUCGCCGACCGCCGCCUGCUCUUCUACAAGUACAUGGGCAAGCGUUACCGUGCCGACAAGCGCCGCGGCAUCGUCGUGGAGACCGAAGGAGACCUGACACCCAACAAGGGCGGCAUGGAGAUGAUCGCAGACGGCAAGUUCCCCCCACGUGGGGGCGUCGUGGCACCCGCCGAGAACUGCGGGGGCGGGACUCAAGAUGGCACAGCGGGCGCCGCGGCCAAUAACAUCGGUGGAAACCUGCCCACCUCCAACAGCACGAUGGUCAACGUGGAGAGCAGCAAGGAGCUGGAUGAGAGCCGCAAAGAGGUGAUUCGUAUCCUGAAGGAGCUGAAGCAGAAAUAUCCCGACAAAGAGCUCGACCAGCUGGUGGAGCUGGCCAACUACUACGCACUGCUGCACCAACAGAAGAGCAGAGCCUUCUACCGCAUACAGGCGACUCGUAUGAUGAUCGGAGCUGGAAACGUCCUGAAGAAGCACGCGGCCGACCACGCUCGCCGCACAGCCGUGACCGACGAGGAAGCACCAGAAGAAGAAGACGUCGGGGUGUGCAGCCGCAUCUCAUUUGAAAGUGCCCACAGUCAGUGCAUGGAGAACUGCGGCGUUCUGACGCUGGCUGUGGUCUGCCAAGGCGGUCUGGGAGAGAACACCUUCUAUGUGGACUACAGGACAGAGGACGGUUCAGCCAACGCUGGUUCUGAUUACGAGUACAGCGAAGGAACGUUGGUAUUCAAACCUGGAGAGACUCACAAAGAGAUCAAGGUUGGUAUAAUUGACGAUGACAUAUUCGAAGAAGACGAGCACUUCUUUGUGCGCCUGCUGAAUCUGCGCGUCGGCGAUGCAGAAGGCAUGUUCGAGAGCGAUGAAGUGGGUGCCCUCCCCAAGGCUCGCUUGGUUGAACCCCUGGUUGCCACAGUGACCAUCCUGGAUGACGACCACGCCGGUAUCUUCACAUUCAGCGAGCGCAUGGUGAGGGUGAGCGAGAGCGUUGGCACCAUGGAGGUGACGGUGGUGCGCAACUCCGGUGCCCGCGGCACCGUCAUUCUGCCGUACCACACCGAGCCCGGCACCGCCAAGGCUGGAGACGACUACGAGGACGCCCAUGGAGAGCUGGAGUUCACCAACGACCAGACCACUCAGACGUUCCAGGUGAGGAUAAUCGAUGAUGAAGAAUAUGAAAAACAUGAAAACUUCUACAUUGUGCUGGAGGAGCCUCGCUGGCUGAAGAGAGGAAUCUCAGCUCUGCUGCUCAACCAAGAGGGAGCAGAGGGGCAGAUGAGUGCCGAGGAGGAGGAGGCCCGGCGGAUAGCUGAGAUGGGGAAGCCCAUCCUGGGAGAGCACAGCCGCCUGGAGGUGGUCAUCGAGGAGUCGUAUGAGUUCAAGAGUACCGUUGACAAGCUCAUUAAGAAGACCAACUUGGCGCUGGUGAUCGGCACACACUCCUGGAGGGAACAGUUUGUGGAGGCAGUCACCGUCAGUGCAGGUGAUGGAGAUGACGAUGAGGAGGGUCGCGAGGAGCGCCUUCCAUCUUGUUACGACUACGUCAUGCAUUUCCUCACCGUCUUCUGGAAGGUUCUGUUCGCCUGCGUCCCGCCCACAGAGUACUGGAACGGUUGGGCCUGCUUCUUAGUCUCCAUCAGCGUCAUCGGCCUCCUCACCGCCGUCAUCGGAGAUUUGGCGUCACACUUCGGCUGCACCGUCGGGCUCCGGGACACCGUGACCGCCGUGGUGUUUGUGGCUUUGGGAACUUCUAUUCCAGACACCUUUGCUAGCAAAGUGGCCGCCAUACAGGACCAGCAUGCUGAUGCCUCGGUUGGUAAUGUCACCGGUAGCAACGCUGUUAACGUGUUCCUGGGGAUCGGCGUGGCGUGGUCGGUGGCCGCCAUCUACUGGAAAAUUAAAGGGAAGGAGUUCAAGGUGGACCCAGGGUCGCUGGCCUUCUCCGUCACACUCUUCACCAUCUUCGCUUUCAUCUCCAUGGGCGUGCUCCUGUUCAGACGCCGGCCCUCCAUCGGCGGAGAGCUCGGCGGCCCGAGGGUGUCCCGCCUCCUCACCACCCUGCUGUUCCUGGGUCUGUGGUUCCUCUACAUCCUCUUCUCCAGCCUGGAGGCCUACUGCCACAUCAACGGCUUUUAAAAAGGAGAUGGAGAAAGUUCUGGAAGAAUAUUGCACUGCAACACACACACACAUAUACUUUAACACAAAGUCCAUACAGUCCACAGUCCGACAUGAAACAAGAUUCAUCUGUUUAAAAAGCAGCCUGGAGGUGUCCUGGUCUCUGAUGCAGGGAUGCUAAAACACACACACACACACACACACACACACACAUUAUAUGUUGGCAUGUGUAAACAAAUCAUAACACACGCACAGUUACAGGCAUGAUAAAACAGCGAGAGGAAGUGUUUGUGAGGGGCGAGGAAUGUGAAUAUUAAAGGUUAAAGCAGCGAAGUGAGCGGAGAGAGGACGGAGGUGAUUGUAAAGUGUUAGAGGGUCGGGUCAAGUUGAUUUUCUAAGCAGGUUGGAGAAGUUGUCCUGUAAGAUCAGAUCCACUGACAGAGAAGAGGACGUGUGCGUGCACGCCGGACAAAAUGUAUCCAUCCGAGUCUCUUCUAUAUCACCAACAUACAGCUUCAUGUGUCUCCACUGAAGAGGUGGUGUCAGCUUCAUGUGUCUCCACUGAAGAGGUGGUGUCAGCUUCAUGUGUCUCCACUGAAGAGGUGGAGUGCUGUGUGAAAAAAACGAGUGGAAUGUUUACAAUAACAAUAACAUAAAGUUUGUUUACUACAGGAGGUUCUCAUAAAGUGGUGACGCUUGUCUAACACACUGCACAGAAGGCGGUUCUCCACACGCGCUGUAAAUAGUAACGUGUACAUAGAGUGUCGUGUUUUCAGUAGGCAGACGGUGACGCCUACGACUGAAGAGGUCAGAGAGGAUUGAAACAAUGAUCCCUGAAUAUAGGAAGUCAAAUUACAGCGAAACAGGUUUUUAAGAAUUCAUGCACAGACUGGAACCUAAAAUCUGAGCGACCAAACAAAUGAAGGAGAAGCAGGUGAAGUAAAAAACAAACAAACAAACAAAAAAAAACAUCAUACAUGUGUCUUUACACAUGGAUGGUGUCCAUGGCAACCACGGCCCCUCUGACAGCGACGGGGUUUUAUUAUUUUUUUGCAUGUAUAACCAGAUAUGGAGCAUCUUCACAUAAAUCACAUGUAUACUACGUGAAAAGGGAAAUGCAUCUGUAAAUGACAUCCCUGCAUUUGUGCGUCUGCUCAGUGAUGUCACAUCUUCCUGUAUAAAGCUGUGUGUGCAGGCAGGCAGACAGGAAGGUGGAGGAGGAGGAGGAUGGAGGAGGAGGAGGAGAGGUGUUUUGGUCUGAGAGGAACAAAAAGGACUUUUUUUUUUACUCCUCAGAAAGACCAAAACUUAAAAACAGACUGUAACUGACCUGAGUGCAGACACAGUCAGUCAUCACGGUGUCAGCGAGGGUGGUGACAGACUAACCCGUCACUGUGGCAUGUGUCCUGACAGGCUAAUCCGUUAGUGACAGCAGCAUGGUGACACAAACUUGCAUGGAUGGUCGAACAAGACUUUACAGUGUUAGUUUACUUUCAGGAGUGAAGCCUCUGUAGCCGGUAAAUUAAGAUUACAGUCUGCAGCAUAUUGAUUAGAUUUGGAUCCUAAUCUACAUGUUAAUUAGGACGCAGGAUGCUCGUCUACACCACACUGAUGCUUCAACAUUACACCCAUGCAAUGCCUUAUGGAUAACUAUCAUGUGGAAAUCUAGUAUUCAAGCUCUCAGCUGUACAAACUGUCCAGGCUGCACUUUAUUUCAUGUGUCUGUUUUUUCUUUGGUCGACUGUUGGCGUGCAGCUCAUGAAGAUCAUCCAGGUGAACUCACCACAUCAAGGGAUCGUUGUAAUUUGUCCAUCAGUGCUCAGAGCACAAUAGAAGUACCAGACAUGCUAAAAAAUAACUUCCCAUUUAAAUGGAAAGUCUGCACUUUGUUUAAAAGAACUAACUACGGUCUUUGUUUACAGUCUGACAGCUGACAGGACCACAGAAACUCUAUAGGAGAGCAGCAGUGUCACUCUAGGUUUAAAUCAGAUAGUUUCUAUAGUCAUAGUACAUUAGCGUAGGCUGUUUUCAGUGGAAAACGCAUUAGAAACACUGGCCUUUAAAGGCAUGUGUGUGUUGCUCAGUAUUGCAUGGCAGAGGAACAAACGUUCACAAGCUACCGGCUGCUAAACACUCGAGAGCUGCAAACCGGUGACAAACACCGUGCUGUCUGCAGACUGUCUCUGAUCCAUGGUGACAUUUACACACCGACAUCUCAGCUUUAUUACUGUCAACACUGAGACGCAUGAAACUGAGAAGCCGGUGUGACAAGACGUCACAGCAAACAACAAAGUGAUAAUGACGUUAACGUUAGAGUCCAGAAGAGUCGAUUUAUCAUGUUGACGCAUCACAGUUAUUAAAACUGUAAUACUCACUGCCUGAUAUCAGUCACAUUAAAUAUAUUUCUGCAGGUGCAUCACAAACAUUUCACCCACAAACGAUAAGUGCUAUACAAGUGGAAACUGUUUUUAUGAUAUCAGAAAGAUUCGAUUAGUUUACCCUGAACUAACUCUCCUUUGUAAACUUUCUAAAACCAAUUUUGUAUCUUUUCCUUGCAGAUGUAGCCGAGGUAGAUUUUUUUUGUACUUCUAAACGAUGUUUAGAGUAGUAUCAGUAUAUACAGCUGGUAGUGUAGAUGACAUCAUUACUGAAUUUAGUGGAUUUUGAUAUUUUCCACAGCGAGGAAGCUCCCCUUUGAACUGCUCAAACAGUGUAUCAUAAGCGAAACAUCUAAACAUCUAAUUUACUGUCGUCCGCUGACUUGUGUCUACGUUACUUAUGUACAUUUCUUAUCAUAAGAUGAUUUAUUUAGAUAUUUAUUUAUUUACAAGAAGAUUAUUUAUCUAUGGAUAAGCUGUGCCGCAGGUCCUUGAGGCGAGCAGGUGGGAGUUUAGUUCAAGAAAUGUGGUUUCAUUGUGCAAUAUAGAAGGAAGAAAUCAUCUUAUUUCGUUAGCAGCUUUGACGAGAGGUCAGUUCACAUAUUUUUCUGCUCCAGUGUUUGUUGUAACCUUCUGCCAACGUACAUUUCUUCAUUGGGUUCUCUUGAAGGAGGAGUUUUUGAGUGUAAGUAGCAUGUUUACAUGGAGAAACAGUGUGGAACAUUGCCAGUAUAAUUGUCAGUCUCUGGGUUGUUGUGAACUGAAGAGAGACUCUUUGUGGAUGUUAAAGGUGGUCAGUGUAGUCUACUCACUAAACCACCAGGUGGGACCAAGAUUACACAUCACACACACACACAUACACACACACACGCACACACUUGUAUGUGUAAUCUAUGACUGGGUAAAAGAUGAUCAACACCAGCGGGUAUGGAUCCCGUACCCGGCGUGCCCAGCGUUGUCCCAGCAGCAGAUGUGAUCCAGAUGUGGCUCAGCACCCAAAAACAGAACUGUCUACAAUGUCCGGACAAUGUUCAAUGUUUCCAUGAACUUCUGUACUAACUGUCUGGUCUGGCUUCGGCCUUUGCUGUUCUGUAGCUAGAUGUGAUGCCUCCCCCUCCCCCUCCCUCCCCAUCCAGCCUCCCCUCCUCCUCACCCACUCCUCCCUCAGUGUGCGUCUGUGUUUGCUUCCCCUCCGUGUUCCUCUGCAGAUGCAUGAUGACUCCCCGUGUACACGUGUUAGCAGCAUGGUCUACUGUGAUGGACGCCUAUCGGCAUAUUUUAUUGGGUUGAUCACCCACAGUUUGAAUCCCAAACACCAGAGGCUCUUUGUGAAUAAGCAAGUGGCGCACACACACACACACACACACACACACACACACACACAACCACGAUACAGAUAUACUGACACACACACACACACACACACACACACACACAGCAUUUACAGAUUCAGUGUCCUCUGCUUGUUUGUGUUCCCUUUAGAAGCUGUGAAAAGAAAGCGUGCUCUGUUGUGUUUGAGGUUAUGUCUGCAACGAGCAACAUCCCAGGUCAUCUUUUUGUUUGUUGGUGUACGAUAUUUCUCUGUCUGUGUAAGUGUUCCCCCUCUUCCUCUUCCUCUUCCUCCCCCAUCGCUCCCUCCCAGGUCUUGCUCUUCAAUGUGUCUCUCUGUGAAGUUUUUUCCUGUGAUGAUGAUGAUGAAAAUUUCUCUCUCUGCCUGAACCUUUGUAAGGAAAUAAUGACUGAGUUACUACAAUAUCUUGUGAUAGACAUAUACAUUUAUUCAAUACUGUAAUAAAUUAUUAACUGAAGAUGAUAUUUAAGUUUUUUUAUGAAAUGUGGAAAAAAAAUUCUUUGGAAAAAAAAAAAUGACAACUUGUUUUUGAGAAAACGGCAUGAGGUGUAAUGUGUUACCGAAAGAAAAUGAAGGUCUUUAAUCAAGUGAUGUUGACCUUAUUGGAAUAUAGUUUAUUUAUUUUCAAGGC